AUGAGUGUGAGUGACGAUAGUAGUCAGUACGAACGUGACAAUGUAGUCGAGUGGACUGCAGAAGAAAUUGAAACAUUAGCAAAAAACGUCCGGUCCUAUCCCGAAGGGGAUUACUCUGAAUUUAAAAGGCUUACUCUCUUACUUACAAAAUUGCCACGGAAACGACUCCGCGAUGUUUCUUCAAGACUCGAAUAUUAUAAGGCAGUUGAAACGAAUCCAACAUUAACAUGGAAAGACUUUUAUUUGGACUCAAAAGCUUCAAAACAAAAACGGUUGGACACGUAUUCCCCACGAUCCUCAUCAUCUGAUAACGAAGACGAGAAACCCCGCCGUCGCAAGAGUCGGUCUCGCUCGAAGUCGAAAGAUAAGAAGAAAGACCAGGAAACUUCUCCUCCAUUCUCGGACAAGGAUUCUCAGAACUCCGCGAAUUCCGCGGAGAUAGAAAGGACGACUAAAAAAGAGGAGAAAGAUGGCAAGAGGGACGUUAAAAACACAAAGAGGCAGUUGCCGAUAGUGAUGAGUGAAUGUCCCUCGCGGAAUACACGCAAAAGCUUUGACAAUGAUUUUAAAGACCAAUCCAUGUUUCAUCAAGGACGACGAAGUGGCGAUGGGUCCCCACGAGAUCGUUCUUUUCAAACGUAUCAGAACACACCGACGGUGCAAACCAUUCAAAAAGUCUCCCUCACACAAAUACCAUUGAAAAGAGUACAACAACAGGAACAGAAACUUUUGAAUGUCGAACAAUUUUAUAACUACAAAAUGAUCAACCCAAGAGAUAUCACCGACAACAACGAAAAAAUAUUGGACUUCUUAUUACAAACGGAAUUCCAAUCAAAAAUUGUCGACUUGGAAGCAACGGAAGCAUUCUUGAAAAAUGUCGAGGACGUCAUCGCACUCACAGACCAAAUGACUAGCCCCAUGAAAUUGCCAGUCAUUUUCACGUGUCCUAUUAGCAUCAACGAAAUUAAACAAAGGAUCAUCGAGUUGAAUAAACACUAA